GACAAAAGAAGCCGGUUUACGGCAGUCAGUAGAAAGGUGAGAGGGAGAGAAUACGGAGAAUAAGAACACGAAGAGAAUAGUUUGCAGGAGGUCUAAUGAAGACUGACAAGAUCACUAAAAUUCUCAGCGUUGACAAUGGCCACCCCUUUAAGAAGUGAGGUCAUCAGACUGUAUAAAAAUCUUCUGUAUCUUGGAAGAGAAUACCCCAAAGGUGAAGACUACUUCAAAGAUCGCCUCAAGACAGCCUUCUUGAAAAACAAAGAUGUCACGGACCCAGAAAAGAUCAAAGAGUUAAUAGCCCGUGGAGAAUAUGUGAUAAAGGAAUUGGAAGCUUUAUAUUAUCUUCGAAAAUACAGAGCAAUGAAGCAGAGGUAUUACUCUGAAGGGAAUACUGAAUAAUCGCACUGACAAGCAACUAUAGAAUGCACAUUUGUACGUCUAAAGCUGUGAUACUGUAUACUUAAUUCAGGAUGAGGCCAAGUACAUGAGAAAAAAAAAAUCUGUUAAAAUCGGUGAUGUGGAAUUUUCUGAGAUUUUUGGAAACAAUUUUGUAAUGAUUUGUUUGUUUACAAGUUAACAGAAACUUGCUAAUUUCCUCUGAAGAGUAUUGGCUUGAGCCAGUUUGAUUCAGACUUUAGAAAUCAUUUAAAAAUGUGAUAAUGAGAUGAUAGUACAGUUUCUACUAGCACAUAAUGUACUGAAAAAGCAGUCUAUGCAGCAGUGGCAGCAAGAAACUAGGUUUACUAAAAGUUAAUCGCUUCCACUUUGUGUUGCACUGCAGAAAAAUUAGAACAUACUUGAACAGAUUAAGCAGAUUUACUCAAAUUAACCCAACGGCAGAUAACAGUGCAAAUUACUGUUACAUUCUCAAAGGUACAAAGAAAGCACACUGUGAACACUCUUGUUUUAUUUUCUUUUAAACCUAAUCCGAGCAUUAAUAGUUUCUCUAAAUUCUGUGCGCAAGAUUUUUUAAACAAAAUAUAUAUAACUGAACAGCAAUUGAAUUAUUUUUAUUACAUUUUAGCAUCUAGUUUUCAGUCCCCCAUUUCACUUGGCAGUAGCAAAACAAGAAUGCCUUUCCAUACCAACACACAAUUUACAACUGGCGCAGCUCUUUAAAGGAAUACUUGAACAUGACUGAAGAGCAAUACACUGAAACUGAUGACAGACCUUUAGUUACCCGUGCUAUCUAUCUAGUCUGACUUGUUUGUAUGUGGUACCUUUUGGGAUUCAAACUGACUAUAGUGUUCAAUGUGGGCCAGAUGUAUAUAUGAGAAUUAAGGAAAGGUUUGAAAAUUGGGUUGUUAGAUUAUAUAGUGGUCACCUAGUGCUACAAUGCUCUUAAUUCAUCAUUGUAAUCAUAUAAACUGUACAUAACAUACACAGACGAAAGAGAAUGUAAAAAACAUUAGCGGUUGUCCAGAUGUAUUUCAGUGAGGCUUUUCAGUCAAAUUUCUUGAGGCAAGCUGUGUUUACCCACUUGAGUGUGUGUGUGUGAAUUUAAAAUAUUUUGCAUGCAGUUUAAAGUGCAUCGAGCCAUAUUUCAUUGUGUAUGAAGUAUCUAAACAAGUAGAAAUUCAUCUGAUGAUGAGCUCACUUUACCUCCUAUGAUCAAUGUUUUCUGUCACACGUUUCAUCCUAAUUAACAAUACUGAAGGAAACGUUUGAUAAUGCAAUACUGUACAAGAAAUGGCAUUAUCAAGUUGUGGUGCACAUUUAAGAAAAGAGCAUCAUUUUAGUAUUGGUUUAACGUUAAAGACCCAAAACAUGCCUGCGAGUUUUUUUUGUUUUGUUUGUUUUUCUACUAGGUUUCAGUGCAAAUUCUGUGCACUACAAUAACAUUUACCGUAAAAUGUGCCAGUACUUGUUUGGAACA